AUGUAUUAUGGCACAGAUAGCCAGGCCGGCUAAACCAUUUCAAAAUUUCCAACUUCCAGCUGCGAAGGAGGAAGCUAGAGGAGGAGAGGGAGAGGGAGAGGGAGAUAUGGAAGCUCCGAUCAACUCAUACGAGGACAUUCGCAGGAAGAGAGUUGAAGAAAACCAUAAACAGCUUGAGGGCCUUGGAAUUUCGAGGAUCUCAAAAUGUCUUCUUGAAGCGGCAAAGACUGAGUACAAGCUAUUGAAAAACCAUAGAAGUUCCAACGUGAAGAAAUUGCUCGAGACAACAGAGUUGAGGCGCUCAUCAAGGAUGCGCAAUCCAGUUCCUUUAUAUCGUGAUGAUGUUGUGGACAACCUGAUUAGACCACACGGUGGAAGGAGAAGUUAUAAGAGCGAAUUCAUUGGAAGAGAAUAUACGGGAAGAAUUCCAUCUUAUGAAGAAAAAGUUCUGGCGCUAAAGAGAGCUGAGAUGCUUCAAAGUCUAUUGGCAUCAAAUCAACCAUCAUUUGUUAAAACAAUGGUUCGAUCGCAUGUUUCUAGUUGUUUUUGGCUUGGUCUUCCAACAAAGUUUUGCAAGGACCACCUGCCUCAUGGUGUGAUGACAAUGGUAUUAGAAGAUGAAAAGGGUGAAGAGCAUGAAUCCAUUUAUAUUGGGAAACGUACUGGCCUUAGUGGUGGGUGGAAAAGCUUUGCAGUGGAUCACAAUUUGGAAGAUGGAGAUGCAUUAGUAUUUAAGUUGAUUAAAUCAACGAGAUUUAAGAUAUAUAUUGUAAAGGCUAUUGGGGGAUCUUCUGAAGCAAAUGAUAGUAAUCUCCUUUCGAAACAAGUUGCAGAACAUGAAUCAACAGAGCUAGAGAGAAAUGUUAGGAAGAGAAAGAAAAGCAGAACAAGACCUUCUAACUGAAUUUUUUUUUUUAAAUUUAUUUCUGUAAGUUGAGUAAUUAAAACAUAGAGAUGCUGCUUUAGGCAUCAAUUACAAUACUGUUUUUCUCAGGACUUCAAGCUUAGAGACAUGAUAUGAGACUAAAGCCAUUUUGAGGAGCAAUCUUUAAGCUUGAUAAGCUUUAGCUUUAA